AUGCCAGUGUUAAGCGACUCAUUGAAAACAGUAGCUAAUAUCGGUGUAACAGAAGGUGACGAGUUCAAAUCAGUUGCAAAUUUAUUAAGGUAAUGCUGUUUAGCAGAUUUACAAGCUUCUUCGAACUUAAUGGCAGCUUGACGGUACCCCUCACAAGAAUGGGUCGACAGAUACAUUGGUUGGGAAUAUUUUUUAAAAAGUUUGUCACACUGUCUUAAUAACUGUUUUAGCUCCUUACUAAACCAAGGCGCAUCUUUAGAAGAAACUGUUACAAGUUUAUUAGGACUUAUUCUAUCUGCUUUCUAUUUGUAACACGUCUAUAAGGUUAAAUGCCAGAGCUAUUACAUGUUAGGGACGAGCUGCCUAAAAACUUAAAUGAAGCAAUUAUAUAUAUAGUAGUACUUUUUAGAUAGAAGAAAAAACACGUCCUUUCUGCAUGUUACAUUUUAUUUUUUAAGACUACCGAUUAUAAUAUUUCAGCCCUAAAGACUCUUUUCUUCGUGAGACAGAAAGAAAUAAACAGUUUUCUCAUGUCUCUGCGAGAUAUGAGAAAAACAAAAAACCACUGAAAACGCAGUAGCGUCACUUUUAAUAAUUUUGAUUCAUUUGUAACUUUUGAAUCAGGCCACAUGGGUCCAAAUCCUCUUAGGCUUUUCAUACUACCAUUAGGCCUAUCUAUGAGUAAAAUACGAGCGAGAAUGACGUUGAUCAUCUGGAAAUGUUCCCCUAUGAGUACUUUUUUACGAUUGAAUACCAAAGACUUUAUUGCUGACUUUUGCGUAUAAUAUUUUUUGCAUUAGAUCUUUGAAUACAAUCGAUAAUAAUAAAAACUCAUUUUAUCUUAAACUAUGUUUUCAUUCUGGCUCCGAUAUACAAUAAUAUACUUCGUGAUAAAUACUGUUUAGUUGGUGAGACAUUGGAAAUGGCAAAUCAAAUAGCAAAUUUUGGUGAAUUAAGAGAUUCUGUCUUUUUUUAUGCAUAGUUAUAUGAUUAUUGUUGGGCUUACUUUUAACUCUGCUCAUAAUGAGCUCGACCCGCCGCUCAUAUUGAGUUUGUACGGGCAUGAGAGCGGUACAUUAUAUUAAACUAAGUAACACAUGGAUAAAAACUACCUUUCUCUUCGUAGGAUGACCUCUUCGCGGUGAGAAAGCUCAACACGUGAUAAUGUCCGCGGCUAUCAAUCCUACAAAAUUUCCAGGAAAUCAUGACAGAUGCUCUACUUUUACCACAUUUAUUAAUGCCGAUAAAAUCAUUUUUUUUUCGUCCAAAUACUUUCUGAAUAGAAUUCUCUUAUAUAUUCGUGAUCAGGAACUAGAAAUGAGCAGAACAGAGUAUUUUUCCGAAUUUUCCGAAGUGUUUUCGCGCUAACGUUUUGCUAACUAAGUUUAAAUUGAUUAAAAAAAAAACAGUUUACUCCGUGUAAUUUUUACUUUCUUUCAGCUGGAAGUGAAGCAAUGUGAACGAUUUUUGAAAUUUUGUAGGAUUGUUAGUCGCGGACAUUCUCACGUGUUGAUCUUCUUUACCACGAAGAGGUCAUCCUACGAAGAGAAAGGUAGUUUAUUUAUUCAUGUGUUAGUUAGUUUAAUAUAAUGGAUUGACUCGACUACGAAUUUGAUGAAGGUUUUUGUACACUAACGCGGCCAAGAUAAUCAUGAGUGAACGUGGUAUUAUUCCAGAAACUAUCAGACUGUAAACACUAUAAAGUAAGCGAUAUAUUCCAGGCAGUAUACAGAUGUUGUUUUCAAUUUUCAGAAAUAUUAGGAUAUGUAGAGGUAUUAUAAGCCAUACAAUAACAGUAGUCAAUAUCAAACGUCGCGCUGUUUUCAACUGUCUGAAAACGCAAAUUCGCUAAACGGGUGAACAGAGAGUAAAACAAUCAACGCAGGCCAAUACAAUGAAUGAUCAUGAAAUCAUCAAAAGUACAUGAAGCAUGUAUAAUCUUGAUUUACAAUAACCCAAUACAUAUGUUGGUGGAUCAAGAUACUCAAGAACAUAUAAGGAGGAAAUAACACUAAAAUUCAAAAUUAAUAAAUUAACAACUGAUGUUGUUAGUAGAUAUAAUAAGCAAGAACUCGAGCGUAAUUGAUUUCGAGUAAAUACUAGACAAUUUAUAAGGUACCUAUGUUGAGAGUUACACAUUUAGGACAUCCUCUUAUUCUGCUGUCUUGUGUACGUCAUAGACAGCGAAUUAAUGAUCUAAAAUCCACAUUGUUAUCGAACUCGAUUUAAAAUCGGCAUCGAAACCGCUUAUUUAUAGAAACAGCUUUCCAUAACAUUGAAUGGUUUUUUACUACCAAAGUUUUACAGUAGUUAACCAAUUUCUGGUGAUAUAAAAUCUGUUUUGUAUGAUGUUGAUGUCUUCAAUAGAUAUUCUCUUACCUGCUAUUAAGUAGGCGGUCAUACCAUAACGAGUCAUUUGUUGUUGAACCGAAGUUAAUGUUGACCUUUCUUUGAACGCACAAUGAAGUAGAGUCUUUUGUGUUGUAUGCGUUUAUGGUACAGUAAGAUGCUUUUAGGGUGUUGAUCGGGAAAAAGUUCGAUGUCACCAAAAAAAUGCGUUCUUAUAAUUUCCGAUUAUGAAGCGAAAAUGUAAAAAAAUUCUAUAAUUUUAUAAUAAAGAUUUAUUGUUCGUAUUAAAGUAAUUAGCACGACAGGAAAUGCCGUACAUCACAGUUACAACAGUCAACUGAAAGUCAAUUUUUUUCAUAUGUACAGUUCUUUAGGUCAUCUUUUAUAUAUCUAAGAACAUCAUAUAAGACAUAAUCUUCACGUUUUCUCAACUAAUCUCACAUUGAGCACCAUUUGAUCAUAAUGUUAUUAGUAUAUCUAUCUGCGUCGAACGCAGUUAUGAAAUACAGUAUCAAUGUUACACGAAUCACUAUCAAAAGUAUGUGACAAUUACUCUAUUUUAAGUGUUGACUAUGGUUAUUAUUUGUCUUCUAAAUGUCCCCACAGCAUCGAGAAAUCGUGAAAUGAGUGAUAUAUGGCAUAAAUACUAAUCGUAUCAGUGCGUGAAAUCACAUAAUCUUUGUUUAAUAUUAAUUAAUAUUUAUGACUAGUGCCACUCUCCAUAGUUCCUAAUAACAGAUGAAAGGAAAGGGAGAACCAUUUUCGAUGAGUCAAAAAAAGGAAUCUGCCCGUUGGUAUGCCCGUUGGUAGGACAGAGCGUUUCUUGGUUGUCGUCCGGUAUUUCCGUUCUUCCGAAUAAAGCGAUAUGAUGAGUCCCUUGAGAAAGGCCAAAAUCGGUCAUGGUUACUCCGCUUGACUCAUCGAAAUUAUUCUGUUGGAGCCUCUAGUAAAUGCGGCUGUACAAUACUUUCAAGCAGCAAAUGUUGUAACACUCAUGUAUUUUCAAACAAACAGUUUACUUUGGAAAAAGAGGUAAAUAUAGUGUCUGAUUCUCUAGAAAUAAAUUGGGAAGUUUUCCAUUUAGAAUAAAAUUAUUUAACAAUAAAGUAUACUCUAUUUUAUGACUAUUCAUCAUUAUACAUACCAGAAUAAUUAGAAAAAUCGUUGUAUAAUUUAUAAGCACUCUUCUAUCCAUUAACGAUAUCAGUUAAAAUAAGGGCUUCAGAUUUUUGUGAAUAAACACUACAAAUACAUUAUAAUGAGAUAGUAAGUAAUUGGUAUAUCAGUACUGGCCGCAAGACAGUAACUUUUGUGCCUAAUAUUUAUUACACUAAAUCAUUUGGUUUUGUGAUUUCCAUAUAGUUUUACAAGUAUACUACUGCUAAUUCUGCUUUUUGUCAAAGGACGGAGGUCGAUAAGAGGCAAAAUUGGCCCCCUCUCAGAUCAAGCUCAUAUUCACAGGGCUGAUGUCGUUUUUCUCCGUGAUUAAAACUAGCACCUCAAAAAGACCAUUUGGGGGGCCCGCCCGGGGGCCGGGGGGUGAGGGGGCUCGGGGGUGGGGGGGGGGGGGGGGG